CGCCUGCCCGCCCGUCCGGCCGUCCGCGCCAUGCCUGAGAGCUGGGAUGGGGAACAUGAUAUCGAGACGCCAUACGGGCUGCUUCACGUGGUCAUUCGGGGGUCUCCCAAGGGGAAUCGCCCGGCCCUCCUGACGUACCAUGACGUGGGACUCAAUCACAAGCUCUGCUUCAACACGUUCCUCAACCUCGAAGACAUGCAGGAGAUCGCCAAGCACUUCGUGGUGUGCCACGUGGACGCUCCGGGGCAACAGGCCGGGGCCUCGCAGUUUCCUCAGGGGUACCAGUACCCUUCCAUGGACCAGUUGGCCGCCAUGUUGCCCAGCGUGGUGCAGCACUUCGGGUUCAAGUACGUGAUUGGAAUCGGCGUGGGAGCGGGUGCCUACGUGCUCGCCAAAUUUGCGCUGAUCUUCCCGGAUCUGGUGGAGGGGCUGGUCCUGAUCAAUGUGGACCCGAACGGCAAGGGCUGGAUUGACUGGGCAGCCACCAAGCUCUCCGGCCUGACGAGCACUUUACCCGACACAGUGCUGUCUCACCUGUUCAGCCAGGAAGAGCUGGUGAGCAACACAGAGCUGGUGCAAAGCUACCGGCAGCAGAUUGGGACUUUGGUGAACCAGUUCAACCUGCAGCUCUUCUGGAACAUGUACAACAGUCGGAGGGACCUGGAUAUCAGCCGGCCCGGAAGUGUUCCAAACGCCAAAACGCUCCGCUGCCCAGUGAUGCUGGUCGUGGGUGACAACGCCCCUGCCGAGGAUGGCGUGGUUGAGUGCAAUUCCAAGCUGGAUCCAACCACCACCACUUUCCUGAAGAUGGCAGACUCUGGCGGGCUCCCCCAGGUCACGCAGCCUGGAAAACUGACCGAAGCCUUCAAGUACUUCCUCCAAGGCAUGGGCUACAUUGCUUACCUGAAGGACCGAAGGCUGAGCGGAGGAUCAGUGCCCUCGGCCAGCAUGACGCGCCUGGCCCGCUCCCGCACCGCCUCGCUCACCAGCGCCAGCUCCGUGGAGGGCGGCCGCCCCCGGGCCUGCACCCACUCGGAGAGCAGCGAGGCCGCCGGGCAGAUCAACCACACCAUGGAGGUGUCCUGCUGAGGGCCGCCACGCGCCACCGCCGCCUCCUCACCCUCCUCCGCCUCCUC